UCCCGUAGUGCUUUGCCGAGCGCGCUCCGUAGUAGAAGUGUUCAAUGAGUCGCCGAGUCGUCAAGUCGCGUUCGUUGAUUAAGUUAGUGAGCUGCGUUGAAGGAAAUUUCUCCCCCGGAUCCUCAAGUGGUCACGAGCUUAAAGGCGCCUUAAUCUGGGUAACCUUGACCGUAGUGGCUCCAAAGUGAAAGAUCAGCACUAAAGUGAUGUGUUUUUGCAUACCGUUUAAAGUAGCUUCACCUUAAGUACAGACUGGCACCCUCCCCGUCGCACACGUGUGUCAGCGAAUCAGAGUCUAGAAUUCAAAACGUGAUGAUAAGCGCUUCCGUAAAUUCUAACACAACGAUGCAGUAGCUGUCUAGAAUUUCUACAAGGCAAAACAGUUGCACUUAAAUAACAAAUUCGAUUUAAUCGUAACCGAUACACACUUAGACCACAAUGGGAACCGACACCGCAAUUUCCAUCGAUGUGGGAGGCCAAAAGGACAUUGGGACUACGUGCUUGAGCUUCCAGCAGAUAUCGUACCAGGUUCGUGGAACCAAUGGCAAAACUAAGCAGCUGCUGCACGACAUUUCCGGAAGCUUUCGGUCGGGCAGGUUGGCCGGCAUCAUGGGACCUUCGGGUGCAGGAAAGUCCACCCUGUUGAACGUACUGAGUGGGUUCAAGACGUCCAAAAUGAGCGGCAAGCUGCUGGUCAACGGGCAACCCAUUAAACCGCAAAAGUAUCGCCGCGAGGUCACUUACACGUCCCAGGAUGUCAGCAUGCUGGAGAACAUCACCGUCCUGGAGAGUUUGGACUUUGCGGCGGAGUUGAAGCUACCGAAGGAGGUUUCGUUGAUGGUCAAGUCGAAGAUCUCCAACGACAUCGUGAAGCUGUUGGGACUUCAGAAGUGUGUCCACAACCUGGUCGGGACGAUCUCCGGCGGGGAAAAGAAGCGGCUCUCUAUCGGACUGGAGUUGAUCUCGAAUCCGAAGAUUUUGUUCUUUGACGAACCGACCAGCGGGUUGGACAUCAUUGCCGCGAUGCAGGUCGUCGCACAUCUCAAGGAGUUGGCGCUCAGCGGACGGUGCGUGGUUUGUGUGAUUCAUCAGCCCAGUUCGAGCAUCCUGCAGAUGUUUGACGACCUGAUGAUCCUUUCCGAGGGCAAGUGCGUCUACAAGGGACCGCUGGACGACCUCGUGCCCACCUUCAAGGCCUGUGGAUUCGAUUGUCCAAACUACUACAACCGGGCGGAUUUCGCACUGGAAGUGGCCAGCCUAAAACACGAAGGCAACGUCCUCAACCUGAUCGAGAAAGCCAGCGAAACCCCGGAGAAAGAACCCCAGCAAAUCACGCUGGUGAACAAUUCCCCCAGCAGUGAGGAAAAGGACGCGAUGCUUCUCCCGAGUGAAUCUUCCUCCGACAGCAGCUAUCAACCGGCUUCCCAAAUUAGGGUGGAUCACUCGCGCCAAUACCCGGUGUCCCAGUGGAGUCAGUUUGUAACGCUAACCAAGCGGACAACCCUGUGCACCUUUCGGGAUAUGCAGCUGAUGAAGAUGCGAAUCAUGACCCAUCUCUUUGUGGGACUGCUCAUCGGGGUCGUGUUCUGGGAUGUGGGAAACGAUGGGGCGAAAGUGCUUAGCAAUGCAUCGUGCCUGUUUUUCUUUCUUAUUUUUGUGUUCUUCUCCAACUCGAUGCCACUGGUGAUGACUUUUCCACUUGAAACGGCGGUAUUUCUGAGGGAGCAAAAGAACAAUUGGUACUCGUUGAAGGCGUACUUUUUCUCAAAGUUGGUGUCCGAUUUUCCAUUUCUGCUUCUCGGCCCAACGCUCUUCCUGGCCAGCGCCUACUACAUGACGUCCCAACCGCUCGAGCUGGACCGCAUGGUGAUGCUGUGGGGCAUGUGCAUGCUGACGGCCUGGAUCGCCCAGCUGACCGGUCUGCUCGCCGGAAGUUCACUGCCACUAGAGCUCAGCGUGUUCUGCGUGCCCUGCUCGCUCAUCCCGAUGCUGAUGUUUUGCGGCUUUUUCGUGCGCUUCCGGGAGAUGUUUGACUUUCUGGUGCCGUUCACGUACUUGGGCUACUUCCGGUACAGCUUCGAGGGCGCCAUGCAGGCCAUCUAUGGCUUUGGGCGGGAGAAUCUGCCGUGUGCGGAGUCGUUUUGCUACUUUGGCAAGGUGUCCAAGUUUCUGGAGAGCUUCGACAUGGUCGAGAAUACGUUUGUGAUGGAUGUGGCAGGGUUGGGGGUGUGGAUCGUGGCGAUGCACGUGGUGCUGUUUGGCAGUUUGGCGUGGAAGAUCAGGAGGAAUCAGUGAGGGGGAGAGGGUUAGGUUUAAGGUGAAUAUGCAUUUUAUAUCAGUUUUUUUGUACAUAAUUUAGGAUGAGGCUGUUUUGGAAAGUAAAG